CUCUUUCGAGGCUUUCUCGGUUCGGCGAACCUAGGCGGCAGUUUGAUUUCAACUCUCAGACAGGACGAAGCGCCUGCCACAGGAUAUGGCUGCAGUAGUAGGCGGCGCUUUUCAAUCGUAUCGUAUCGAAAGGAAGACAAUGACGGGGGCAAGAGAGAAACGAACGGAGAAAGAGUGCAAGGACCACGAGGCUGUUUCAUUAAAAUUGGGAUACAGACAAAACGUGGCUCGCAGGAUACCGGAUACGUCUGUGUGCGUGUGUGUGCCGCAUCCAUUCAGGAGGCUACAAAGAAAAAGGACGGCACACAGUUUUCAGUGGUGACUUUCCCGACAAAAUCCUAAAAAAGGACAAAACGGUUCGGUUCCUAUUUGGUUUCUCGACUUUCGGUCUUCGGGGUAGUUCCUCAGUCUCUCAGAAGAGCAAGAUGAUGAACCUGAAAAAGAAGAAGAAACCGUCCAAGAAACCGCUUCGCAAAAAUUCCGCGCUAUUUCGCUCUCAAUCUCCAACAAUUCGGCGGAAAUCAAGAAAAAUAUAUGCACGAGGUGGCGAAAGCUGAGCGAGAAUCGGGCGGCAGAUGACAAGGACAACGCCACGCACAUGGCGGCAAGGCUACAACAAGGAUACAGGAUACGGGCAACCGGAUAUUAAACCAUCAACACUAGCCAGCACAGAAAAACAAAACUAAGGCGCAACUGCAAGCGUAGUUUUGUGUUGGUUGCAAAAGGCAGUACACCAUGGCUGCGACGCUGACGGAAGCGGGAACAGGUCCUGCGGCCACCAGGGAGUUCGUCGAGGGAUGGACUUUGGCCCAAACUCUGGGCGAAGGUGCCUACGGCGAGGUGAAGCUACUAAUCAACCGGCAGACUGGCGAGGCUGUGGCCAUGAAAAUGGUGGAUCUAAAAAAACAUCCGGAUGCAGCGAACUCGGUGCGAAAGGAGGUCUGCAUACAGAAGAUGCUCCAGGAUACGCAUAUCCUCCGAUUUUUCGGCAAACGUUCGCAGGGCAGCGUGGAGUACAUAUUCCUGGAAUACGCCGCCGGCGGAGAGCUAUUCGAUCGAAUAGAACCGGACGUGGGAAUGCCGCAGCAUGAGGCUCAGAGGUAUUUUACACAGCUCCUGUCCGGACUCAAUUACCUGCAUCAGCGUGGGAUCGCUCAUCGGGAUCUGAAGCCGGAAAAUCUGCUGCUUGACGAGCAUGACAACGUGAAAAUAUCGGACUUUGGCAUGGCUACUAUGUUUAGGUGCAAGGGCAAGGAGCGACUGCUGGACAAACGCUGCGGCACCUUGCCGUAUGUGGCUCCCGAGGUGCUCCAGAAGGCAUAUCACGCCCAGCCGGCGGAUCUCUGGUCGUGCGGUGUUAUAUUGGUCACAAUGCUGGCGGGUGAGCUGCCCUGGGAUCAGCCGUCCACCAAUUGCACGGAGUUUACCAACUGGAGGGAUAACGAUCACUGGCAACUGCAGACUCCUUGGAGCAAACUGGACACCUUAGCUAUUUCGUUGCUUCGCAAGCUGCUGGCCACCAGUCCGGGGACGCGUUUGACCCUGGAGAAAACCCUGGACCACAAAUGGUGCAACAUGCAGUUUGCAGAGAAUGAACGUUCCUAUGACCUGGUGGACUCGGCAGCUGCCCUGGAGAUAUGCUCGCCAAAGGCUAAGAGGCAGCGUCUGCAGUCUAGUGCCCACUUGAGCAAUGGCCUGGAUGACUCCAUCUCCCGGAACUACUGCUCUCAACCCAUGCCCACAAUGCGCAGCGACGAUGACUUUAAUGUCAGACUUGGCAGUGGUCGCUCCAAGGAGGAUGGAGGCGAUCGCCAGGCGUUGGCACAGGAGGCUCGGCCCAGUUACUCCUUCUCGCAACCAGCUCUGCUGGAUGAUCUCCUACUGGCUACCCAGAUGAACCAAACGCAGAACGCUUCCCAGAACUAUUUCCAGCGUUUGGUGAGGAGAAUGACCCGAUUCUUUGUGACCACGCGAUGGGAUGACACUAUCAAGCGAUUGGUGGGAACAAUCGAAAGACUGGGUGGUUAUACGUGCAAGUUCGGUGACGACGGAGUGGUCACCGUUUCCACUGUCGAUCGGAAUAAGCUGCGAUUGGUUUUCAAGGCGCACAUUAUAGAGAUGGAUGGCAAGAUUCUUGUUGACUGCCGGUUGUCAAAGGGUUGCGGCUUGGAGUUUAAACGACGAUUUAUCAAGAUCAAAAACGCCCUGGAGGAUAUCGUGCUAAAAGGACCCACCACCUGGCCGAUUGCGAUUGCUACAAAUUCGGUGCCUUAGCUUUUAGUUUCAUUCGACCUUAAAAACCUCUCUUGUAUUCGGUUAUAUUUACAUUUGUCUAGCCUGUAAGAGCAACUCAUGCAUCACCUUCGAUCAGAAUCAUCUAAACUUCUCAGUGUGCUAACUUAUUUUUAAUUCAUUGCAUUGUUUACGAGUACGUUAUGUAGCAAUAAUUAAGGAGGGCUCUCCUUCGAUUUUAAUUUUGUUGAAUUUUAAAGCAAAUGUCGAGUA